AUGUUGCCUGUCCGUUUCCUGUCCUCCUCGGACAAAUUUGUUGAUCAAUCACUCAGAAUGCGCUCAUUGUUAAAAAAGCACUUGCACAGAAACAAAUCGAGCAGGGGCGAUUCGGGUGAUACCUUGUCAUCAGCUACGUCGUCGUUGACUAAGUUAUCAGUUCAGUCCUCUACUAAGAACGAAAAUUCACGAAAGUCAUCAAUUACAUCGUCGUCAACUGCACUGCCUGUACCAUUACAGAUCGAUGCAGAGUGUGUGCAGAAGGAUGGAUCUCCAAAGCACUUCUGGCAUGAUGCAGUUCAAAUGCUGCAAGAGGACCCGAGCCAUCGGGAACUUCUGGAUACGUACCAAAAAAUCUUACAAGCAGAAUCAGGAGCGACCCUGCCUAGCGAUAGCGCAGCACCAGAUUACUUGUUGAAAACAAUCGACCGCAGUCUUAAGCUUCUCGAUGAAAAGCGUUCGAAAAUCAGAAUGGGAAGUGCUACCGUGGAAGUAAGGGAUGCUCUCAACAAAGUCGCCAAAGCUGCACAGUAUGCCCAGUCUUUUGUUGGCUCUUUGGUGUCGGGAGAGCCUCAUGCGGCGAUGGCCUGGGCUGGCCUGAGCUUGUUCUUGCCCCUUUUGAUAAAUGCAGCUGAGCAACCAAAAGCUCUGACUAAGGGCGUUGAGUAUGUUUCCGAAUUACUUUGUCGAUUCUCCGUCACCGAGCGGUUGUAUCAAGAGCAAAUCAGAGAUACCUCAGCUUUUGUCAUCACAGAUACUAAAAAGCUUCGGUCAAACUUUGAGAAAAGUCUUACGGAGCUUUACGCGCAGGUGCUACUGUAUCAAUGUCGCGCAAUAAGUCAGCUGCAUUCCUCGAAAGUGAUGGGUAUUGCGAAAGAUAUGUUCAAAUCAGAAAAUUGGGAUGAUUUAUCCAGCGAGCUCAAAGAAUAUGAGACGAAGUGCAAUAGAUACAAAGGUGUCUUGGAUGCGAAGAAAAUGGAGAGAGAGUUUCGUAACUUUGAGAAAUAUACGAAAGGUCGAAAUGAGAUCGAUAUUUCAUGGCAACACCAAACAAAAGAGACUCUCGAAAAUCUCAAGCAUGAUCAGGAUUUACGGGCCGAACAACGUCAAGUAGAACUAGAGAAUGACUGCAUCCGGAAAUUUUAUGUGUCGGCUUAUGAGAAACAGAUGAACCGAAAUCCAGAUACUGUCAAGGGUACUUGUCGUUGGCUACUUGACAACUCAAAUUGGAAAAACUGGAAAAAUUCCGAGUUAUCUUCUUUACUUUGGGUUUCUGCUGGCCCCGGUUGCGGAAAAUCAGUGGUAUCGAAGAUGCUAAUCAAAGCGCUAUCAAAGACUUCCUUGCCGGGAAAACCUCGAACCAUCUGCUAUUUCUUCUUCAAAGAAGGUGAUACUUUGCAAAGAACGGCAGAAAACGCUUUAUGUGCUAUACUGCACCAAAUUCUGAGUACCCCAGGAAAUUCAGGGCUCGUACGGCAUGCGAUUCCACCCUGCAACAAGAGCGGGGUUGAUAUCCGUGAAUCAUUUGCUCAAAUGUGGGAGAUUCUGAUGGAUAUUGUGCAGGACGAAGCAGCCGGCGAAAUCAUCUGUAUCCUUGACGCACUCGAUGAGUGCGAAGAGAAAGAGGGUAGCGGCCGCUACAUGCUCAUUGAGAAAUUUCAAAAGUUCCAUAAUGACUACAUAGAGACGACGAAUUCUAGAAACACAUGUUUUAAGAUUCUUGUCACUAGCAGGCCUUAUGUUGGCAUUAAAAGAAAAUUCAAGAGCUUGACAAAGAGAGAUUCUACAAUUAGAUUAUCGGGGGAUGAGGAAUCGGCAAAGAUCAUCGAGGAAAUUGAUCUUGUAAUCGAGGAGAAGGUAAACAUGCUGAAAGUUCAGUUGGAAUUGGACGAUGAAACAACCUCUGCGUUGAAAAAAAAGCUACGGAGCAUGAAACACCGAACGUAUCUCUGGCUGAGGUUGAUUUUCGAAUUUCUCGAGCAGCAACUCAAAACAACUAAGAAUUAUUUGCUUGAUGUUAUUGGAAAACUUCCGGGGACUGUCGAUGAUGCAUAUGAAGCUAUUUUAAACCGAAUUCCGAAGAAUGAGUUCGAAAGAGCCAGGAGGCUUUUGAGCAUCGUUGUUGUGGCAGAAAGGCCACUGCUUGUACAGGAAAUGAAUGUUGCUCUUGCUAUCGAUGAGAACCUAACUCAAGAUUCCCAGGUUUCAGCACUCAAUCUUGAUCUAGAACCGGAGGCGAUUUUUCGAGCAGCUUUGGGCAAUAUUUGUGGACUUUUUGUCACUGUUGACGAUUCCAGUGUAUAUUUGAUUCACCCGACAGCUCGUUCAUUUUUGUUGUCUAAUGGAAAGACACAAACAAACACAAUCGAGGGUCCUACUUUUAGAUGGAAGGAGUCUGUAUAUCCAGCUGAGGCUCACCUGCUAUUGAGCAAUAUCUGUAUCAAUUAUCUUCUUUUCUAUGGUCUUGAACGAGACAUAUCUGUCAUUCGCGAGGAAUGGUUGAAAUUUGAUGAAAGUUAUUGGGAAGAGCCGACGCCGGAACGUUAUUCUCCCAUUCCGGAACAUUCAUUGGUUAUCUAUGCCUCCAACAACUGGUACAAGCAUCUACUACACACGAAUUUGGAACAGGAAAUCGCCGCACGCUUAGGUCUUGAAUUUGUAGCCCGGCGUGCUUUGCAAAGCCCAACCCUUUCUUACCGAUAUACAAGGGCAUUAUUCUACGCUAUCAAAAGGAGAGAUGAGAACAUUCUUCAGACUAUUCUAGAGGCAAGGAAAAUAGAUGGCCUUGAUGGUUUUGUGAGGAUGGCCGUGGAAGAAGGGAGAGGCAAUGAUAUAGACGCGCUUAGAAUAGUAAGGCUGUUGGUCGAGCAUGGAGCUGGAAGCCAAGGCCUUCGACCAGCUCUUAUUAUUGCUGCAAACAGAGAUCUAUAUCAUGUUGUUCAUUUCUUUGUCGAUGAUUGUGGGACAGAUAUCCGAAGUCCUCUUGAUAAUGGAAAUUCAAUUCUAUGCUCACUCAACACACUUUUUGGAUAUAAUGAGCAAAUUCUAUCUUAUCUGUUUGAGCGAGGCGUGGACCUCAACGGCGUACCCGGAAAUUCGGACACGCCGUUAGAGGUAGCGAUUCUGAAACAAAGCUUGACAAUUGUCAAAUUUUUGCUGGAGCAUAGGGCUGAUGUCAAUCUGUCAGGGUCAUCCGACCGCGGCUCUCCACUCUAUCGAGUACUUCAAACCCCAUGGUAUACUUCAAAAGUAGAGGAACACGAUAAUCCUGACCAUAUAUUGGAACUGUUGAAUUCAAAGUGGAGCAGAGAUUGUCUGAUACAGAUGCUUUUGACAGCUGGUGCGGAAACCAAUGGGUUACCAGAAGAGUUGUUAGAGCAACUGUUAGAGUGUAACAACCGUCAGAAAUAG